CUCCGGAAGCACAGCCUCUUUCCGGGCCAGAAUGGAGGAAGCGCUUGUGUGUCGGAGGGAGGGGGAGGUGGUAGAGGCGCUGGAGGUCGCCAUGGCUACCGAACUGGUAGCGAUGGAGCCCACGGUGCCGUCACUAGUGGAUCGUUACUUCACUCGCUGGUACAAAGCAGAUGUCAAAGGAAAGCCCUGUGAGGACCACUGUAUAUUACAGCACUCUAACCGAAUAUGUGUCAUCACAUUGGCAGAAGCUCAUCCAGUUCUUCAAAGUGGAAAAACAAUUAAAAGCAUUUCCUAUCAAAUCAGUACCAACUGUAGCAGGCUUCAGAACAAGGUGUCUGGGAAAUUUAAACGGGGGGCACAGUUUCUAACAGAGCUUGCACCCCUGUGUAAGAUUUACUGCUCAGAUGGAGAAGAAUAUACUAUAUCUAGCUGUGUCCGAGGGCGGUUGAUGGAAGUGAAUGAAAAUAUUCUCCAUAAGCCUUCUAUUCUUCAGGAGAAGCCGUCCACUGAGGGUUACAUUGCAGUUGUGUUGCCCAAAUUUGAAGAAAGUAAAAGCAUAACAGAAGGGUUACUGACACAAAAACAGUAUGAGGAAGUUGUGGUGAAACGCACUGACGCUGUAAGUGCUACAUCGUGAGGACUGAGAUGGAAUGAAAAGCAGUGUGGCGUUGGAUGAUCAGUGCACUAAAGAAGCCCCGGGAUGCGGCGAGAAGCGCACCUGACAGCCAGCCUUCUGCUCGGAAGCCUGCUUCCCGUUUCUGUCUUCAGCCUCCCAGGUCUGCCCUGCCGAGGACUCACUCACACUGCUAUUUUUUCUUUUCUAUAUUUUUAAAAACUGGAAAGCAAAAGGUGUUGGGGUUUUUUUUUAAUUAAAAACAAGCAAAACACUUAGAGGAAAUUUGGAAAAGACAAAAGUUUUAAGUAGCAAGUAAAAAUAAUUUACCCAUCAUCCUAUAACUCAUUAGUAAAUACUACAUUUUGACAUA